AUGGGGAGUGUGCAAGAAUCUGUGAAAUUCUAUGAAAAUAUCCUUGGAUUUGUCCUUAUUAAGAGGCCAUCUUCAUUCAAAUUUGAAGGAGCUUGGUUAUUCAACUAUGGCAUUGGAAUUCACCUGCUAGAGUCAGAUAAAGUUCCAGUGAGAAGAGGAGAGAUAAACCCGAAAGAAAAUCAUAUUUCGUUUCAGUGCUCAGACAUGAAGAUUAUAAUGAAGAAGCUUGAUAGAAUGAAGAUUGAAUAUGUGACAGCAGUUGUGGAAGAAGGUGGAAUUGAAGUUGAUCAAGUCUUCUUUCAUGAUCCAGAUGGCUAUAUGAUUGAAAUAUGCAACUGCCAAAAUCUACCAGUGCUUCCUAUUUCCAAUUGUCCUCUAAACCAAGCACCGCCCAUUUAUGGAGAAGGAAACAAUUGUUCUGCACAAGAGUCUUUGUUGGUCAUGGAGAAAUUGAUGAUAGAUUUGUUUUGGAUUUCAAUAUGA